AUGUCGGCGUCGACGGCCAUGCCACCGCCACGGUGCGACGAGGAGGUGCUCACGAUAACCGUCGGCUCCUACUCGGAGGCCACGAAGCUGGCCAACGGCAGUUGCGUCAAGUCUACCCCCAUCGACGUUGGCGGCCACUCCUGGCGCGUCGCCUUCUACCCCAACGGGAGGCCCGGCGGCACCACCGGGUUCAUGUCCCUCUACCUCCUGAUGAACGUAGCCGAAGGAGGCAGGGCCGCCGCCGGGGAGGACGUCCACGUGAAGUUCAGUUUGAUGAUGCGCGACGUGGGAGGCGGGGCGCGGUUUCUCACGUCCGGCAAGGUCGCCGCCGCCUUCAGCCGGAAGUGGAACGCGUACGGCUUCGAGCGCUUCGUCUCGCGCGAGCACUUCGCGGACUUUUUCAAGAGCGAUCGCUUCGUGAUCCGAUGCGGCCUAACCGUCUUUCCGGCGGGCAGUCAGCCAGAGCCAGCCGUCGAGGCGGCGCCGGAACCGCCCAUCCUGAGGGCUAGGGCGCCGCUGUCCUCGCUGCACGCGGAUCUACGCCGCCUCCUGGCGACGAAGGAAGGGGCAGACGUGGAGUUCGAGGUCGAAGGCAAGGUUUUCGCCGCGCACAAGUCCGUGCUCGCCGCCCGGUCGUCAGUUUUCAAGGAGGAAUUCUGCGGCCCGACGAAGGAGAAGGACACCAGCUAG